UUUUUUUUUUUACUGUUGUCUUUAGGUUAUGCCAGAAUCUUUAGAAUUACCAGCGGAAUAUGCGCGUUACCACCGACUACUUAGAAUUGGGAAUUUUACUGCUAGUUUAUCGUCCCAGCAACAAAAGGCUCUAGGCAGAUUCCAGAAGAGACUACCCAGAGUGCCGCUGGACCGGAGACCAAAAAGGAGCUGGAGAGAGUGGAGGCGGAACUGGAGCAAGAUAGGCAACCCCCCCCCCCCAAGGGAAGCCCCACCCUACUGCGGAAGUGCAGUGAGUGCCCUUUCACAACGGGGCAACACUCGGGUGGGGGCGGGAUGCUCAGGGGGGAAACCGGUGAAUGCCAUCUGUGAUGAACUCUCAUGAAGCCGCACACGGGAGCUGACAUCCAAGGUCAGCAGGAGACACCACUGCACUACCCAGGACAGUAGAGGAGCAGGGUCUUCUUCAAACACUGGAGACUUACCCUCCCCCUGACCCAAAUAACAUCCCACAUCAGUCACCAGCAAUGUCCAGUCGCAGGAAAUCCUCCACCCCCUGCAUGAUCCGGGUUAGUGACAAAAUGGAGCAGGAUGACUCUGAAGAAAUGGAAGUGUCCACUGCCAAUGUGACUAGAAAUGGGUCUUCAGAGUCUGUGGAAAAUCAAGAACAUACCUUACAAGGCACUAUAGAAGAUCUAGGAAGUGAGAUUGAAGCAAAAGUUGUGGCGGAAGCUGAUCCUAUGCCCCAGCUGAGGCAGCAUGGAGGUUAUGAGUGCAAAUACUGUCCUUUCUCCACCCAGAACCUCAACGACUUCAAAGAGCACGUAGACUCCAGUCACCCCAAUGUCAUACUCAACCCCCUCUACCUGUGUGCCGUGUGCAACUUCAGCACCAAAAAGUUUGACUCUCUUACAGACCACAAUGAGACCCAACACCCUGGAGAGACCAACUUCAAGUUCAAGAGGGUAAAAGUAAAUAACCAGACUAUCUUGGAGCAGACAAUCGAAGGCAAGACCAAUUCAGUUCUCUGCAAUACUGUAGACGGACAAGGUGGUAACGGCUUUGUCACUUUUCCACCGAGCAAACCAAUUACGGUGAAUAUCGGAAAGCCAAACAUGGACAACAUACAGUCCCUCUACCAAGGGAAUGAUUUGGAGAAGAGGUUGGAAAACUUUAUCCCAAAAGAUCAAAUCACAGCUGUGAACAUAAACGGCACAAUGAUCAUCCCUGAACCAACAAUCAUUCAAGGGCUCUCGUAUGUAAUGCCAUUGCUUCAAAGACCACCCAACUUCUGUUCUGUACCAACAAUUGCUGUUCCUCUGAACUCCACCAAAUAUAAUCCUUCACUGGACAAUAACCUAACCCUAAUGACAUCUUUUAACAAAUUCCCUUACCCAACCCAUGCUGAGCUGUCCUGGCUAACUGCUGCGUCUAAGCACCCAGAGGAGCAAAUAAAGGUGUGGUUCACUACCCAACGGCUAAAGCAAGGCAUCACCUGGUCACCAGAGGAAGUUGAGGAAGCCAGGAAGAAAAUGUUUAAUGGCUCCAUCCCACCCAUACAUCAGACCUUCACCGUUCUGCCUACCCCAAUCUCUCAGCCUGCCAAAGCCACCCAGCCCCUUAUUCAGACAAGCUUUGGGCAGUCUAGUCUAGUACUGACAAGUAUUGCUAAUGGAUCAACCAUGACCUGUGCUCCUGUUGCAGUGACUGUAGCCAGUUAUGUGCAACCUCUCAAGCGACCCCUGACAACUCCUUCAUUCGCCCCAGAAUUAAAGCGCCCCAUGGCGGCCCCUGCAGAAUACCCAAAGGAGAAGAUACUAAUGGCCCCUCCUCCAGUUCCACAAAAAGAGAGACUUCCAAUGGCCCCACCCCCAGUGCCCCCAGAAUUAAAGAGAUCUGUAGCACUUCCUAUUAUCGCCUCGGAGAUGAAGAGGUCCUCGGCAGUACCUCUCAUGGCUUCUAAAGGAAAACUGCCCUUGGCCACUCCACUUGUGAACACCAAAAACAAGCUGCCAAUGGCACCUUCUCCAGUCUUCCCUAAGAUGAAGAGACCUAUUGUCACCCCUCAAUUCAAGAGUUACAUGCUGCCUCCUCCUUCAUUAGUUUCCAAAGACAAACUUCCAAUCACCCACUCUCUAUUGGCUUCGGACUUAAAGUUACCAAUCUCACCCCCUCUCAUUGCCCCUCAAGUGAGGAGGCCAACAAUAAUCCAGUCAGUGUGGACUCCCCUCAAGGGCCCGUUCCAACUCCCUAGCUUUUCCCAAGACGGCAAGAAAACAAAAACGCAAAUAACAGAGAUGAAGGCCGGAUAUGUCAGAGGACGUCUCUCAGAGGACAAAGUGCUCACCCCUCUUGGGGAAGCGAAUGGUGUCUCUCGUGGGGAUGCAAAGUGGGUUCAUGACCAAGGGCCUUAUGCACAGAACGGCAUUCUACAGUUGUACAAUGAGCUAGCAUCGAAACCAGAGCAGCAAAAAUCAGUACAGACUCAAUUUCCACUCUUGGAGAGAAUGAAAGGGAAGACUUCUGAGCAGUUGAAGAUUCUAGAAGAGAACUUCCAGAGAAACAGCUCUCCAACAUACAAUGACGUUGACAAUCUAGUGACUUCAACCGAACUGUCACGGGAGGAAAUUGACAGCUGGUUUUUAGAGCGCCGGGCACUGCGUGACAACCUUGAACAAGCUCUUCUAAACUCCAUGGGCUCAAAGAGACUCAACAUUGAGAAGCGUCAGCAACAACACGGACCGCUGAAUGGUGUGCGCAAGCAAGGUGGCCAUCCAAGAAGCUCUCCCUUUGCCAUCAUUGCCCCCACCACCACUUGCUCAGUGCCUCUAGACAGCAAAUCCUUGGCUCUUCUCAAGGAUGUUUUUGCACAAACUCGGUGGCCUUCCCCUGAAGAAUACAAUCAGCUUGAAGCUCAGACAGGCCUGGCUCGCACAGAAAUCGUCCGCUGGUUCAAGGACAGUAGGUCAGCACUGAAGAGUGGGACCUUGGAGUGGAUGGAGUUUUUCCAUAAACUGAACAGCAGUGGGCAAAAUGGCGAGGGGGCGCUACUGAGCACAGAGAAUGCUUUCAGCAUAAUCCAGCGCUACCAGGAAGUAAAGGCACCCAAGGUGGAGGAUAUUGGGAGGCUAACGGAGCAUGCCAGUCUUAGCAGCCAGGAGAUCAAGGAAUGGUUUGCCAGCAAAUUGAGACAAAACACAUCUGAUAUCAGCCAGAAUUGUGGCCAAAAUGGAGGCAGUCGAGAGGGGUUUGGGAGCUGGAUGGAGGAAACCAAGGGGAAGGAUGCACGCAUGGGUGCUAAGGAGCUGGUCUCGGACAAAGACAGGAUGAUGGAGGAUGCUUCUGGAAGGGUGACUGGAUAAAGGGUGAGAACAGUUGCCACUGUCAGUUGCCCACAGGAGCUGAAAAGGAAAGAGUUUAAUUAUUGAAUAUUGUAUUUUCUGAACAAAUAAUUUCUUGCUUGUUCCAUCCCAGUUUGUGCCCAACAUUUCCUCAAGGUUGAGUUAACUUUGUAGAACGUUUUCAAAAACAUGGUGGUAAUGUUGUGUGUGAUUUAGGAUGAGGUAGAAGGCACAGUGCACUGAAUGUGUGCCUGAAGCACUGACCAGGUGGUGAUCGUUGAGUGCCAAAGCUGGAUUUGCUGCAUUAUUACACUUUUAAAAAAAGG